AAUUAUCAUAAAACUAUGCAUCGUCAACACGAUUUUAGUGUUCCAGACAUAACUGGAUUGGAUCUUUCUCAUUUGACCGAGGAAGAAAAAAUAAAAAUAUUCGAAGUUAUGGAACGGGCUCAUGCAAUGAAAGCUAAAAUUUCAUACGAAAAUAAUAACUACGAAAGUAACGUUGUCGACAUAUAUAAUAAUAAUGGUUCACCAACUGAUGCGAAUAUUUUUUUUAAUGAAUCUCAUGAACAUAAAAGUGAUCAUGAAGAUUUUCGAAAUGGAAAACUUCCCCAUUCAAAUUCUUCCUCGGAGGGUCAAGGUAAUCCCAAAUUCGACCGAAAUGAUUUAAAAUCAUUGGCAAGUGAUUGUAUUGAUAACGCUAUCUCUUCUGCAUUUAAAGUCGUUGAUAAAAUUGGAAAUGAAACGUUGAUACCCAAGACUUCUGUUGCUACAGAUACGAAAAAUAAUACGCCCCAAGUUAUGUCUGAUAUAUCAGGUUUCACUGCAAAUUCAUAUGACUCCUACCUAGAUUCAAUCAAUCAAUCUGAGGUACACCGGGAAAAAUAUAAUGGAAGAAGAUUACCUCAAACUAAUGGCCUUGUUAAAGCGAUUGAUUCUAUAUCUGCUGAUGACAAAAAUAUAAAUCCAAGCAGUUUGGUUAAGUUUCAAAAGCCUAAAAUUAUUGUAGAUUCACCUAAAACAAAACCGAUAAAUGCUGUGAUUGAUGAUAUAAAUUUUAGCAAUUCAACCCCUCACCCUUCGAUUACGAUAGAUAUGAAUUCGAGCGAUGAAAAUUUCGAACUUAAAAACCCUCGAUCAAGCCAGAAUUCAAAUUUAUUACGGAGCAAAACUGUAGAUUUUUCUUUAAUAGAUAAAGAAGUUUUAGUAGCGAGGGAAACCAACCUGACAAAAAAGAUGGACAAAAAUUCUUCUUCUUAUAAAAGUUUUAAAGAUCCAAAUAUAAGCACAACACCCUCUAUAGAAGUUGUGUCGGUAAAUAAUUUUCCGAUUGCUUCUCUGGUCAAUAAUAAUCAAGGAAUUUACACAAAAUUGACUGGGCCCCAAAACAUUAUGACUGCACCUAUUUUAUACGAUGAUACUCAUCAAAAGCUAAGCAAUUACAUAAAGAGCUCCAGGACUAAUUUUAAUGACAAUAUGAAAAACGAUAUCUCAAACGUAAGUAAAAUUAAAAAUAUUCAAGGCAAUACAGGCUAUACCAAUUUGAUAACGAAAUCCAAUUCUUUACCUCAAAAACUAUCUUCAAAUAACACAAAUGAUUGUCAAAAAGAAGUAACAGCCAAAAUUGUGAGUAUAGAAGAAUCAUUAAACUAUUUGAUAAAAAUUUUGUCUUCCAAGGUGACUAAUGAUCAAACGAAAGUCAUAGGAUCAAAAUAUGCAGAAACAUCUAUUACUAAGUCAAAUAAAAUAUUUUAUGAUUUUUUGAUCAAUGAAACCCUAAGAAACAUCAAAUCCAAUAUAAAUGACUAUAAUUAUGGGGAAUUAUUAAAAGUCAUAACCAUGUUGGAUGAGAAUCAAGUAUCGCAUUUUGUUACAGCGGAUAACUCACAAGCAAUUAUGAAUUCAUUGAAUUGCGACAAUAAUGGCAUUAAUACCUUAAAAAUAUUUCUUUUCCCACUGGAGAGAGACUUAAAGCACUUAUAUUACAUGCAAAAACUUAUUCAUCUCGAAAAAAGUUUUAGCGAUGGCCAAAACAACAUUAUUUCUUCAAGUCUGAAAGAUAACAUCAAACUUAAACAGUAUCUCGCAGAUCUCGAUAACAGGAAUACUUUAUCGUUGAUAUCGAAUAAUAUAUUCAUCAAACCAGAGAUAGAUAAAUAUAUUAGAACACAACUGGUAGAGCAAUUGGAGAGGGGUAUGAUUUUUUUAAAAUCUGAAUAUGCUAGUAAUGUCAUUAGAUGUGAGUAUGACCAUGUGAAAGCCACUAAAUCAGAUUCUAAGAGUUCUAAAAGAUUAUUAAUUGAUAGAGCGAAGAGUAUAUCAGACAGGAAUAAUGUUGACGACCUUGUUCUUAAACAAAAGCCUUACUAUAAUACUAUGUUUGGAAAAGCAAUCAAUGUGUCUAUUAAUACCCAAGAUAAUUUAUAUUCAUUUUCAGAUUUCACAAAUAAAUUUGAUUCUAAGAUCAAAGGCAAACUGAGAUUGACGAAUAAAAUGCUAAAUCACAUAUUUGAUUCUACCAGCAGGAGUUUGAACAACAGCUCUAUGUAUUCAAACCCAUCUUCUCCAAUUUCUAAUACAUCUAAUAAGGUAACAUCUUUGAUAGAAGAUGAGGCAACCCUGAGGAAUCAUAUUUUCGACAAAUUAGAUCUUAACACCUGCUUAGAUGUCAUGGAAACCGAUUCUAUCGCACGAAAAAAGAUGAUGAUUGAAAAAGAAAUAGUUAGACGCAGAUCUGUCGCUUUAAACAGGCAUGAAGUGAAGCAUAAAAGUUCUAACAACAAAAGGGAUUUAUAUUCUGAAAAAUGUAAUAUACCCAAUUCCUUUGAUUCCCAUUCUAGUGGUAAUAAUCCUGACAAGCUACUUAAGUAUAUUGUAAAAACAACUGCAUACAAUGAGUCAAGUGGGUCAGUGUUAAAGAACAAUGAAACAAAAAGGAGUAUGGGAAAAAUAGUAAAAGUCAUUCUUCGCAGUUCCCCAUAUUUGACAAAUGUCGAUAAAUUUGGCGUUAAACUAAAGUACAAAAAAGCUGGACAUAAUGGUUACAUCACAGAGGGAGAUGACGCCUACAUAGAACAAAUAAUCAAUUAUCAUGUUAACUCGGAACAAAUUCAAAAAAUGAGUAUUGGAGAUAAAAUCUUAUCAUGGAACAAUAUUUUAUUGAAUGGAAAAUCAGAAGUGGAAAUCGAAGACUUAAUCAAAGACUCGCCUAAUAACGUAGAAAUAUAUUUAGAAAAAGUAAUUGGGCCCCAAUUUAUAACUCAUUUUUCUGGAACUAAUGGUAUUCCUCAAAAGGAGAUUGAAAAAGAUCAAAAAUUUGAUUGGAUCCCUAAGAAAACAGAAUUAGAGUACAAAUAUAAGCCAGCAAAUUAUACUUUGUACCAAAGGUAUUUUGAAUUACCUUUUCACGUUCUAGAGAGAAUUGACUUGAACAAUCCUAAUUUUGAGACGAAGGGUGAAUUACAAGUACAAAUGUACUUAAAUGAGCAAGCGAACAUACUUAUAGUGACAAUUUGUCAGGCUCAUUUUAGUGGCGAUUUUAAAAUUUCCGAAGGUGAAGAUCCCUUUGUGGUGCUACGACUGUUACCUUUAUCCAACCCAUCUCAUAUAAAACAAACCGACUCAUUACAACCUCAAAGAGAGCAACUAUUUGAUUGGUUUCAAACAUUUAUGUUUCCAGACGUCACACAGCAAACAAUUAAGGACAAAUUUUUGGACUGCUCACUUUGGUUAAUGAAAUACACGGAAGACGCAGCAUCAAUAAAUAGAACUGACAUUGACUUGAUAGGAAUGGUGAAGAUAUUUUUGAAGGAUCAAAAUUAUAUGGACAACAGAAGACAUUGGUUGAAAUUAAAGCUCCCAAAUUGUAUAUUUGAUGACAUUUAUCCUGACACUAACUUCGAUAUAAAAAUUAUUAAGAGAGCCACUUUACCCCUAGACCUAUCAGUCAAUUAUACACAAAAUAACCAAGCAUGUGAUUAUUUUAAAAAUAGCAAUAUCAUAAAUACAUCAACCCAGCGACCCAACUAUCAAGGAUUUAAUUUGAUAAAUGAAAUUGGGAUGAUAGAAACAUCGGCCGUGGUAUGCCAUAUUGCAGCUUGUGCCAUUCUAUAGUGAUGAAAUGUAUACAUCAAAAAGCACAGAUUAACCAAGAUAUAUUGAUUGACAAAUUUUUAAUAUAAUUCACUUUAUUACAAAUAUAUAAAUAUCAAAAUUUAAAGCAUACAAUAUAUUUCUAAUCACAGGUUUGUAAAUGAUUAAUAUAUUAUAUAUCAUGGAGGUAUGAAUCUUUAAAUUGUGAUAUUUGA